AUGUCAAACGGGCCAACCCGCACCCAAACGGGCCAGCCCUCCGCGGUUUCACUUUGCCGGUGGAUCAGGCGGGUCGGACCGCUGCGGGCUGCGGUUGCCAAAAGCUCGACCCUAACCCGCACCGCAUUAUAUUGGCGGUUAAGCGGGUCAACCCGCAGGUCAACAGAUUGGCACCAAGUUUUUAAACCGUUUGGAGUUUUGAAAAAGGCGUUGAUGGGAAAGAGUAAGAAGCAGAAAGAAGUUGUCGUGUAUUUGUCCACCUUUUAUCAACCAACACAUAAGAAUGUUGCAGGUUUACUUCUCUGGUUCUGCUGUGAAGGGUGGUGA